AUGUUGCAUUCUCUGAUAUCCAGGCAUUCUGGGUACUUGGGCAGCACCAGCGGUUCCUGCCACUCCAAGUCCUACCACAACAUGGCCUACAAGCCGUGUGCAAGGUAUGCAGAAAACAUCCACUCCGAUCCGCUGUUUCGGAAGACCCUUCGGCCCAUGCACACCGAGCCCGCCGUAAUCACGGCUCAGAGCUACGUGGGCCACCGGGCACAUUCGACACGUUACGUCAUCGUCAACGAACACGAAGCUCGCAAGAAGGUCAUGCGUUCAAAUACACGCAUACCGAGACAUUACCGCCUCGCGGACGAACCAACGGAGAUCGUAGAGCUUUAUCCACGUAACGUGAAGUGUUACAUUCCUCGUCCUCCUCACCGAAGCCACCAGCCACACCUCAGCGAGGAAGAGGAGGAGGAAGAUCCGAAGAGCAGCACGAGGAGGGGGUCGUUCAGACAGUCGAAACGUCCACGACCACUGUCGGAUCGCCAUCAGACCGCGCAAUUCUACAUUGGCGAUACAAUAAACAGUCAGUUGUCUAUGGAGCAGGGUUUAUAUGGCGACGAAGAAGAGGGCGAUCAGGAAGAAGACUGGGUGAACGACCCUCAGACAAACAUCCGAGGUCCAGAGUCGGCUCACAGGUACGGCGAACCAUACGUCAAGCCCAAGACCAAGCAUAAAGUGGAGCCGUCUCUGACCGAGUCGGAUUCGGCAUCGCUAGCGUCCAGUAGUGACCAACAAAACAGCAGCACGGACCAGUACAUCCAGGUCAUUCACAACAAAAAGAAGUACCUGAAGUCCAACGCCAAGCUGACCAAAACUAAAUCCAAGAGCAGUGUUAAACUCAAUGUGUCUGGCACUAAUGAUCUUGUCUGCUCCAACGUUUAACCUGUUUAGAGCUAAAACCGAGAUUAUGGCUCUGCUCGAAAACACUGGUAAGCUUUCUAUGUAGGAAGCAUUUUAGGUGUACACCAACACCAAGUGCGUUUCA